CAUCACCAGGGGCUGAUGGCCAGGGACAGAGCCAAAGCCUGUGAACUGGACCAAGAGAAAUACGACGCUGAUGAAAACGUGAAGAUCAUCUGUCUGGGAGACAGUGCGGUGGGCAAGUCCAAACUCAUGGAGAGAUUCCUUAUGGAUGGAUUUCAGCCCCAGCAGCUGUCCACGUACGCCCUGACCCUGUACAAGCACACGGCCACAGUGGAUGGCAGGACUGUCCUCGUGGACUUUUGGGACACAGCAGGCCAGGAGCGGUUCCAGAGCAUGCACGCCUCCUACUACCACAAGGCCCACGCCUGCAUCAUGGUGUUUGACGUGCAGAGGAAGGUCACCUACAAGAACUUGAGCACAUGGUACACAGAGCUUCGGGAGUUCCGGCCUGAGAUCCCCUGCAUCGUGGUGGCCAAUAAGAUUGACGCAGAUGUAAAGGUGACCCAAAAAAGCUUCAAUUUUGCCAAGAAGUUCUCCCUGCCUUUGUACUUUGUCUCAGCUGCUGACGGUACCAACGUGGUGAAGCUCUUCAACGAUGCGAUUCGACUGGCUGUGUCUUAUAAACACAACUCCCGGGACUUCAUGGACGAGGUUUUGCAGGAAUUGGAGAACUUCGAGUUGGAACAGAAAGAGGACGACGGGCCGGGCCAAGGGCAGCAGGAAGGCACCAAAAGCUUAGCUGCCUCAUGA